UACAGAAAAUAUUACAACCCAUAUUCUAUUAAAAAUAUAUGAAAAAGAUUUUAAGAAAUUAGUUGAUAAGACAAAAACUAUAAAAGAUCAAGAGGAAUUAAACUUAUUUACACUUUAUAAAACUUUUACAGAAACUCAAGUUCAAGAAAGGAAAUAUGUUAGACU